AUGAGCGCUCCAUUCAUGCUUAUCGGUAUGUCCCGUCUCUGUCUGGCCUUUGAAGACUCACUGAAGGCUGGUCCUUCUUUGUUGAUCCCUGCACCAGGUACCGAUGUGGGGCAUCAUGCACCCAGCAUGGUCAACCAACCCUCUGUGGCCCCUCUCUAUGCUGCACAGUACGGGGUACCCUCACUGGUUCUUGCGAGGCAAUCAACAACUUUAGUGAGCAUAACAGGGCCGCAUCAUAUUCUUCCAUCCCCAUUUUUCCGUCUACAAUGUCGACCACAUGUCCCGCAUCCUCCUGCGGUCUUUUUCUCCAUCUUUGGGCUCGUUCCUGCAGCUGCCUGGGGUCGCGCCCAUCCUCAGUUUGGGUGUGGCGUGGUGUGGUGGUGGUGCUGCUCUGCACGCAACCCAGGUGAUCAGUCCUUCGCAAACCCUACAUUUUUUAAUGAUGCCCGUGCCACAUCGGGAAAGUUACUAAAGCCCAGCUUCGCUAGAAUUGAGGAGUUGUGUGAAGGUGGAAGCAGCACACCCAGCACUCCACAUAGCCAUGAUUAUGAGCCGUGCCUCGGUGGCCAAUCCCAUGGCCAAGGCGCCCCCGUAUACAGUUGCGGGUGCUACCGUCGCACGAAAGUUGAACCUGCACUUGCACUCGCAGAUGCACUCGCAGAUGUAUCCAAACACCAGGAACUUGAACGGGAUGUCGAUAGUUUGACCACACAAGUUGGAGGCCGUAGCAGUGACUCGGAAAUUCGGCCCCUGAAGCACAAGAGGUCAACGAUGGCCUCUGAGUCUGACUCCGUGGGAGGAACGACACCACACCGCUUUGGGCGAAACCUGACCAAUGUCCAACGCGCUCAAUCAGUCCCAGCACUUGAAGCGCCAAAGCUACUUAAUGUUGUGAAAUGCCUCGAAGCUGCCAUUGACAGGCAAACAGAAGUGCUGUCCAAGAUUCAUCGCAUUCUGGAGGGCAGUGCCAAGUAA